AUGUAUACUGUCUGCACAGUGAUUAAAGUUGCUCCUCACAAUUCUACAAUGCCUCAAGUAACAAGCAUCCUCCACAUAUAUUCUAACAGAACAGAGCAUGUAUCAUCAAUCUAUAUCCACAUUGUCAUUGUAUAUCCUGUACCAAAAUCAAUAAGGCAAUCAUGUACAGAUGCCUUCACAAUACAGAACCCCUCAAAUAGCCCUAAUUUACCAACUCAGAAACUGAAGGUAGUAAGAUCCAGGAUGGCAGAGGGAAUGCUAUCACUCUCUUGGAACAACCAUAGUUCUACUUUUUGCCACAUGUUAUCCUCUUACGAGAAAGGUGAGACAAGUUUUUUUAGUUUCUCAAGUGUUUUAGAAUUUGAAGUUUUUACCAUACUUGUUCUCAGAGCAGAGAACAGGCAAGAAAGAUAUACAGAUGUUACUGUGACCUGUGAAGGGAAAUUCUACCCAGUACAUAAACUUGUUCUUUCAACAUGUAGUGACUAUUUCCUGAAAAUGUUUGAACGAACACCUUGCAAACACCCAAUUAUUGUGCUUAAAGAUAUUCAUUGUAAAGAAAUAGAAGCUCUCCUCAGUUAUAUGUAUGAUGGAGUUGUGAGUGUGGCACAGAAUGAUUUGUCACAGCUUAUAAAAGCAGCAGAGCUAUUACAAAUAAAAGGCUUAGCAGUACCUGAUGAACCUCCCUCAUCAGCCAGAAAAGCUCAGAAUGCAAGAAAUUCAACAGAUGGUAGAAUAAGCCCAAAUCCCAAACGCCACAAACGAGAUCAAGGGGAGAUGCAAAAUAUAUUUCAAUCCUCACCAAUAUCACCUUUCCAUCAAGAAAAAGACCAGACACAAGAUGCUUCACUGUCACCAAGACUUCCAAAUAAGUCACAGCAAGCUGGAGAUAAAGAUAAAACCAUGGCAAGUGAAGGACAAGAAUAUCAAGGAUGCCAAAGACAAGAACAGGCUGAGGAUGCAUAUCACAACCAAGAAAGAAACCUGCAUGAUAAUGAAGGGGUGGAGCAACACCACAUUAUAAAAGAUUCUCCUUCAGAUGCUGAGAUCAUGGUUGAUGAGACUUCAAUUAAAGAAGAAAUUUUGGAUAAUAGUAAUGAGGGUAAUAUCCCAGACCCAGCCCUUGACUACACUAGUUUAGGUCCAGAUUUAGGGCCAGAUAGUGGAGGAGGCAUGGAGGAUAAUAUGAAUCUGGAUUUAGCAGCAUCUUUUGACCACUCAGAUGGACACCCCUAUGAUUCUGAAGCAGGACCUUCAGGAUUGCAGAGGUGGUCAGUACUUAAUGAGUCUGGGCAAGGGUCAGCACAGGAUUAUUGUGCAGAGAUGAACCAGGAUGUGUCUUUAGCAGGCCAGUAUAGGCCUCUCUCAGUGCCCACGAAUACUGAGGUUCACAUGUUUGUUGAAGAAGAUGCAACUAUACCUGAGAAGAUUUACCAUCCAGUGGAUAUUCUAAAUCGUCGACAUCUCUACAACCAUGAUACCACGAGUGAAAGACUGCCGAAUAGGAGUGGCCACGGGAAGUCUCGGAACUACAGAGGAACGUCACAUAGCAGGUACGAGCGCUACCGGACGAUCUGAAGGCGUGUCAACGCAGAGCCAGCAGCGCUGCCUACAGCCACAGAUGUCCGUUCUGCUCCUACACCUUUCUUACGCCAUCUUUGCUUCAGCGACACAUCCGGACACACACAGGAGAGAAGCCCUUCACCUGCCCCUACUGUCCUUUCCGCUCCGCUAGAAACUGCAACCUCAAGACGCACCUGCUUGUCCACUCUAUGCCAAGAAGAACUGCUUCAAAACCCAUCAAUAAAGCUACGCGGGGUAUAAUGAAGCCAACUGAUAGUACUGUAGCAUGAAUGUUUGCCAAGAUGAAAUUAACAUUGUAGCAAACAUUACUGUUAUGAAACAAAGGAAUUAUCAUGAUAAACAACGUCAUUCAAAUAUAACUAUGGCAAUAAAAGUAAGGCAGUA